UGGCCAACUUUACUUUUUUACUUUCCCGAUGCCUGAAACGACAGAAUGCUGCGCCAGAACCUGUUGGAUCAGCUCAAGCACUUCAUAGAGACUGUGAGCAAUGGCCACAGUUGUCCCCAGCUGCUGACCAGCCCCAAUCUCAUAAAGCUCGCGCUGGGAUUCCUGGAGGAGCUACCCGCCACGCGGGACAUAGUAUUCGAGUACUUUGCUUUGCUUGCCGAGAUUAGUGUGCAGCUGUAUGUUUCGCCGGAGAUGACAGACGCAAAGACCGGAAUGCCGGUAUCACAGGUGAAACAAGCUGGCAAUCGCCAACAGCAACUCCGUGCUCCGGAAUACGAAAGCUUCAACUUGGUCAAGACGGCUCUGCAGAGUCUUGUGUGGAAGGGUCCGCCCGCCUGGUCGCCUCUAAUUGCCAACUGGAGCCUGGAACUGGUGGCCAAGCUUUCGGAUAAGUACACUCAGCGCCGGAUGACGAUCACGGCCAGCUGUAACUAUUGGCUCGAAUGCAGCGCCAUGCACGGCCUGAUGACCCUCAUAAACAGCUGCUUCCGAAAGUUAACCCAACCGGAGGAGGAGGCUUGCGUGGAGAUCAUGCUGAACGCCUUUCACCGUUUUCCCAUGACCUUUGACUGGAUUGUGGCCAGGCUAGGUGGCUGCUUUCCCUACAAGAUCAUCAUGCAGAUCCUGCAGUGCGGCAUCAAGCGAUUUGUCGAGGAUUAUCGCUGUCACCUGGACUCGGAGGCGGGCAUUCUAGACUACAUGACCUCGUGCCACGAACAGCAGCUGAGAGCCGCCUUCCGCGAAAUGCUUAAGGAUGGUUUUGCGCCAAAAAAACCACUUGAUGUGGCCGUCGUUCCUUUCCUCCUGAUCACCACCAACUACUCCGACACGAUUCUGGAAAGCUUGGUCGCUGUGUUAGUUGAAAUAUAUAAUGAAGACAUGUGCGAGGUAAUAGUACAAAAGUCGCCGCUCUGGCUGAGCAAUAAGAUGUUCGCCGGCAUGCAGCCCACGCUAAAUAAUGCUGUUCUCCGGCUAAACGAACACGGAGCCACGCUGCUGAUUACGGCAGCGAAGAUGGCCGAGAAGUACGUUUGGUGCCAGGACUUUUUGGACAAUUCGAUGCAGGAACUGGAGCAGUGGGUGCUGAACCAGCGAAACUUUCCGCUGUUGGUAGAUCUGGCUUAUGAGGAAACAAAGUAUAUGCUGUGGAAAAGCUGCCUCAGCACCAAUCUCUUCGAGCAGCAAACGGCCGUGAGAUUGCUGCUGGUUGUCUCCUCCCAGCAUCCACACAUUUACUACCAGACGAUAUCCCAGCUUCUCAAGAAGUCCUACGCUCAGAAUCCCAAUGGUAUAGGCGCUCUAAUUCGUUUGCUGGGUGGCCAAAGUGGCAUGGUUAACUUUCCGGGAUUUACGCCUGGCUUUAAAAUGGUUUUGGAAGAUAUUACAUUGCAAGUUCAGGUUAACAAUCGGUUGCCAGCACCACCGGGAACACCUUCAGAAGCGUUCAACACAUUCUCAAACCUCAACAUACUUGCCAGGAUGCACAAAAGCAAAAACGUGGCUCCUUAUAUCAAAGCUCAGCAUUUAAACCAAGCACUAAACGAAUGCCUGCCCAAAAUCAUCCAAAUUUUUGACUGCACCGUCAACAAAUUGGUUCUUAAAAUGGACAGAGAUGCAGCUGAACGGAGUGCGGAGAAAUUUAAGGCGCAGCAGACGAACAAUAACAACAACAAUGACAUGUGCAAUGGCAAGGACUAUGGAAAGCGACCAAAACUGGAGUCGGGCGAAGAUAAAGCGGAAGAUGAAGACGUGGAUCGAAUGCGAUUGGCGCACCUGAUUGUCGACCUGCUGAACAACAUAGAUGCUGGCAGUCGCAACAAUGUCCUCCGAACGUCACUGGUCCUUAAGUUGUCCGUGCUCAGCGUAAAGUACUUUUUUGUGGGCUUAACGGAACAGACUGUGAUCCGUCGAGCGGCUGCCUCGCAUCGCUCAUUCACUCUGCUGCAGCGACAGUGCUCCGCCAGAAAAAUUGCCAGAACUGUCUGCCUACGGGAACUGAUUGAGGGUGCCCUUUUUUAUCACGGUCAUCUGUUGGGUCAACUGGAGGAGUACGAACUAGAUGAGCUGCAAAUACCUGAGCACGAACUGCUCAUUCUGCAGAACCUGCACACCAGUUCUGGCGCCAACUCGAACCGAUCUGUGCUUCAUUCCGGGAUUAUUGGACGUGGUCUGCGACCCGUACUGCCAACAAACGACAGAAACUGCGAUGCGGAAAAACAGGCGCUCUAUUUGAAGGCAUUAAAUGCUUGCUGCGCCGAUUUGGAGAAGCCAAAUAAUGUGGAGGGCUACUCGCUGGUUUCACUCCUUCUAGUUGAGCUGGUCUCCACGGAUGUCAUGUACAACGGUCUGCCCUUUCCGGAUGAGGAGUUCACAAGGGUCACAAUGGAGCGGGAUAUGCAAAUAAGAAGAGCGUUUAUCACUUCGCCCGUUUUAUGGGCGGUUUUGGGACUGAUUGCGGGUCAUAGACCGGCACUUUGCUACUCCUCCGUGUUAUUGCGGGCGCUCUGCGCCACCUGCUUGCAUCACUGGCGGGGAAAGAAUGUCAAUAGAUUUCAGCCCACGGCUGCGAACGAUGAGCUGAUGCUCUGCACCAAAAAGAUGCUGCAACUGCUGGCUAUGAGCCAACUGAUACCACCGCCACUUACCAAUCUGCAUCUCAUCAUUGAGCACUUUGAAUCUGCAGAGAUCGCCCUUCUGCUGCGCGAGUGCAUCUGGAACUACCUUAAGGAUCAUGUCCCCUCUCCAGCGCUCUUCCACGUGGACAACAACGGUCUGCACUGGCGCAACACGAGCGCACAGCAGGCCAAAGUGCCGCCACAGUAUGUGGAUACGUUACGACAUUUAAUGCAACGCAAGCUGUCCACCUUGGGGCACCACUACCACCAGAUGUUCAUUAUGGGCGAGCUUAUGGAGGGGAACUCCGAGCCGGAUCCCACGGCCCGGCUGCAGAUCGUGGAACUAGAUUAAGCAUCCGUAGUUAGCUAGCCUAAUGUUGUGUGAGCAUGAGCGUGUGUGUGGAUGGAAUGGAGAGUCUGGAUUGUGUUGAGUGUGGAUGGUGCGAACUAAAUGCAGUGUUUGUAUUUUGAUCUUCAAUGGGUUCUUUUAUUUUCGUUUCAUUGGUUUGUAAAAAUUAAAAUCUCAACCUAGGCCUUGCAAAUACUGUCCAGCAGUUAUUGUACCGACGGCGCCUGAAAAUCGCAUCAUUUGUGUGUGUAGUUUGUUUUAGAAUAUAACGAAGCCAACAACAAUUUCA